UGUCGGGUUGUGUGGCUUCAUCUAGAAAACGGUUGUUUUAUCGUGUUUCUGCUGGUAUUUCAGCAAACAUGUGUUCAGUUCAGCAUCUCAGAGAGUUUAUCAGAGAGAGACUAACUGCUGCUGCGGAGGAAAUCUUCACUCAGGUUGAAAAAACCAUCAUUAGCUACGAGGAAGAGCUCGAUGCUCAGCGCAGGAUGAUGGGGAUCAGCUGGAAACCAGACAUUAAGCUACACAGAGUCGGUUCGGAGCUGCAGAGACAAAGUUCUGGCCUCCAGGAUCCUCAUGUGUCGGUGAAGGAGGAAGCUGCUGCCGUCCAGCAGGAGCAGAGGUCCAGGCAUGGAGCUGAGUCUCAGUGGACUGAUACUCUUGUUAAAGUCAUUUGUUCUGAAGAGGAACAGAUGGAACCAGAACCUCCACUGACUGAAGAACAUUGGGAACCAGGAUCUCUAUGGAUUAAAGAGGAAGAGGAGGAGACACAAUCUGCAGUGUUUGAUUUUGAAGAGCAGGAACCAGAACCUUUACCGACCAGGCAGAACCAGAAGCACGUCUGCAGCGGUCAGGAGGGAGAACGGCUCGACCAGAAGCAGUUUGCUGCUCUGAUGGAGACUUUCACCCUCCAGAGUCGGGAUCUGAGUGAAGGAGAAGCGAGAAGUGAGCGUCCUUCCUUCCAGGUCUCUGCUGAAGCCGAGAGCAAAGAGCAGGAAGGAAGCAGCUCCACUGUGUCAGAGACUCAGACCCACAGUGACGGUCGGAAAGGGCCUGUCAGCUGCGGCAUGUGUGGGAGAUUACUGAAGAACAAAUAUGACUUAAAACAGCAUUUCAUGACCCACACUGGAGAAAAACCUUUUACUUGUGAAACAUGCAGUAAAAGUUUUGCUCGACGUUCUCAAUUAAAUGUUCACUAUAGAACCCACACCGGUGAAAGGCCUUUUACUUGUUCGAUAUGCAAGAAAAGUUUCUUUCAAAUCGGUCAUUUAAAUGUCCACAAGAACAUUCAUACAGGUGUGAGGCCGUUUUCUUGUGAAAUCUGUGGGAAAAGUUUUACUAGGCGUUAUUUAUUAAAUAUGCACCGGAGAAGCCACACAGGGGAGAGGCCUUUCUCCUGGGACAGCUUUGUGAAGAGCUUCUAGAAUAAAACAUUUCCUGUAUAAACAUGUUCUGACCCGAUCCAAAUAUCUCCAGCAAAUCAAAUCAUGAAAUCUCUGCAUGAAAUGUGCACCAGAAAAGCCCGAGGUGGAAAAAACGUAUUUGAUGCUUUUAGACUCAGACUGACUCUCUGUUAGAAAUAUUGAAAGUUUUCUUGGUAGUUUUCUGUUUUUACAGUGUAUUAUAAAGUUAGUGAUUUAGACAUGCUUAGAAAUGAAGGUGAGAUGUUUUGACGCCUCUGAAUCAGCAGCUCUGAAUGGACAAACACAUUUUCAGAAACCUUUGCUUCAUAGAUGGAGUCCAGCAUGGUGGUGGAGGGCUGGUGAUGUGGGCUCCUUUUACUCUUCACAACCAAAGUCUUCUAGCAGGUCCAUCUGUCCAGCAGCUGAAGUUUAGUUCAAAUACUGUCGGAUGUUUGGGAACUUAAAUCAUCUCCACUGGGCUGCAGAGAAAACUGGGAAAGUUUUUGACACCAACGAUGAUAAACUGAAGUUUCAGUUCAUAACUUUAAAACUUUAUUUUAAAGCUCAUAAACUGCUGAUGGUUGUUGACAACAUUAUUUGAUUUUUCAAUGUUUUUCUUCAAAAUAUUUGAGUUUAUUCCACAGUUGAUAAAUUAAUUUCAGGCUUUUACUGUGAAAACCAAAAUGUUUGAAUGUUUAUUAGUUUUUCUCUUUGUUUUUGAAUAAGAUGCACAUUUGGUUUUAUAAUGUUGAAUUUAAACACAGGAAUCAAAUUAAAUUAGGUUGUGAUUGUUGCUGCUGUGGUUUUUACAGGACAGUAGAUUAUGAUGAAGUAUAAAUAUCUGUAGAUGUUUAUCUGUCUGGUUUUACACAUCAAGUCGUAAUAGUUCUAUGAUUUGAAUAAGAUUCAUUCUAAUUUGUACACCAAUGAUCUUGGUUGUGAAUAAAGCCUCUGCUGUUCACCUGAA